AUGUAUGCGAUUUUCUCUCGCAGGGUCGUCGUCGUUAGCUCUUCUUCGCAUCUAACCAAACUGGUGACGAAGCAGCCGAACCAGAGUCGCAAUUUCUUGAGUCAUUUUCUUCCUUCUGGUCUCUCUUCUUCUUCUUCUUCUUCUUCUUCUUCUUCUUCUUCGGCUACCCGAUUUGUUCCUUCUCUUCUACCCCGACCAAAGAAAGUUCAUGGGUUCUUCGCCAGCACGUUGGGAAACACUCAUCUAAAGCAAAAAUUCGGAAAUGUUUUGGGAUCUAGAGUUCGGUUCUUCAGUUCUGAGCUUCCUAGUGUUGGAUUUGAGUCUAAGGGUUUUACUGGGUUUCAAAAGCGUGGAUGGAAGUCUUGGUUUAAUGGAGCUAAUGGUGUGGUUUUCGGGUUGAUAAUAGCUAAUGCUGCUGUAUUUACUAUGUGGCGGGUUUCAGGCAAGGACAAGAAGAACAGAGAGUGGAUGAUGAAAAACUUUAUGUUAUCAAAGUACAGUUUUUUUACUGGACGCAUACACACGCUGGUCACUUCGGGUUUUACUAAUGUUGGAACCACUCAAAUCCUCUUGAACAUGAUUGGACUUUGCUACUUCGGAACCAGAAUUGCAAGAACCUUGGGAGGGCGCUACCUUUUGAAGCUGUACUUUGCUGGAACACUUGGUAGCUCUGUUUUCUUCUUGAGUAUUCAUGCUCUCUCUGUUACGUCACUCAAGGGCAAAGGAGUAGUCCCUAGGCCCCCUACAGAUCGAGUAAAAGUCCCCAUUGUGCAUCAGGGUGCUGAUGGACCUGUGUGUGCCAUCACGCUUCUCGAUAUGUUCAUCUACCCAAAAGUUACUACAUACUUUGGGUUGGUGAUCCGUGUGCCUGUAUUGGUGGGAAUCUUAUUUUUAGGAAUCGACAUGAUGAAGAUGCUAGAGGGGAAACAGAACAAGGUCUCCUCAAGUUCGAGUCAGUUGGGUGGAGUUGUAGUUGCAGUCAUGGCGUGGGCACGGUUAAGGAAAGGUCGAUUCUGCUAA